CUUCACAAAAAGCAACUCGUUUUCGACUUCAAAGUAAAUAAACAUUGCAUCACGUUUCAGCCAGCCAGCCCAGCCGCAUAAUAUAAUAUAGGACAUGGCCAAUCUGCUGGGCUGGGGCUGCUCCUUAUCGCCGGGCCUUGUCAUUGAGAUCAACAUUUUGUUGCUGGCCGUGGGCGUCAUCUUUCUGGUCGAUCUGUACAAUCAUGUGCUGUGGCGCCAGCUGGAGCACGUGAACAUGUCCAUAUGCCUGAUGGGUCUGUCGACGCGCGUCUCCCUGAUCCGUGGCGUCUCUCUGGCUGUCUAUCUGCUGACCGCCAUCCUGGGCAUACGCAUGUCCAAGCGGCCGACAAUCUUCAAGUUUGCCGGCUAUAUAAUUGUGUGCAUUAUGAAUCUGCUUUUUAUGCUCACAAUUGCGAUCUCGCGGUAUCGCUAUGGAAGCGAUUUUCAAUAUUUUACGAAUAUGAUGCUGCACGAUCUGUGGAACAGAGAUCAGAUUGAGCCAAUCGAGGCGCUAUUCGAUUGCUGUGGCAUGCAUGGCCAGAUCGAUUAUAUAAUCGUGAAUCGGACCUGGUCGAAGGCCGCCUGCUGUGAGCUGCCAUUUUGCACGGGCUGUCAGGAUAUGUUUCACGAUUAUUUACAAAAUAUUGAAAUGGAAAUUGCACGCGAUAAUAUUGCCUUGUUUUUAUUUCAGAUAAUUGGCAUGAUAUUCAUGAUUAUACACUAUACGAGCGGGGUAGUUGUCGACGAUCCGUAUGAGUCGGAGUCUUCCGAGUACGAGGAGGACGAGGAGGUGGUGCCCAAUCGAAUAAGCGUCGAGCUAAAGAAAUUACAUCCCAGAUUCGUGUAAUAAGCCUCGGCAUUUGCAAUAUGAAAUUCAGAGGAGCCUCGCUAUUAGUUGCUUUAUUAACGACCUUUGGCCUUGAUUUGGCCAAUUGAACUUUAAUUCAAUGUUUCUGCCACGCCCCUCUCUCUCAUUCUGCUCUGCUUGUUGCGCCUCAUUAAUCGUACUUGGACCCCGCCAACCCC